ACGGGGUGGGGAAAAUUCGGCCAGCUCCCAAGGGUGCUGAGGGCCCCACUGGGGGUCUGAAGGGCCUCCCUGUGGUCCCCUGUUAGUCCACAUGCCCUGAGGGGCUGGGACCUGGGCACCUGUCACCCCUGGCACUGACUGUCCAGGCUUCCCCUCCUCCCUCUCUGGCCACUGCUGCCUCCUGUCCCCUCCCCUCCCUUCUUCCUUCUCCUGGUCCCACCUCCAGCAGCCUCUCCCAUUGCUCCUCCUCACCUCUGUCCUCCUGGACUGUCCCAGCUCCUACCUUUCCUACCGCUCACCUUUUUCCCCUUUUAGGACUGAGUCAGGACAGGCGGGGGUGGGUAUAGCUGGGGCUUCGGGCACCACAGGCAGAGACUCUAGGCCCUCUCCCACGCUGCCAGGCCUCUGGUAACCCCUCCCUCCAUCUGGGGGGAGGGGGGGCAGCACCCAGAGGGUUAAGGCUGUAGGGGGGAGGGGCUGGGCCAAGUCGUGGGCGGCCCCUUUGAAGGAGGGAGCUGGAGCGGGGAACAGCCACCCUGCCUGCCCCCCAGCCAGGCCCUCCCCCACCCCUCCCAACCUGUUCCCCCCAGGGGCCAGGAGGAGUUGCCGGCAAGGCCCCUCAGCGUUCAGGAGAAGAUGGGGAGCCCUGAGGAUGACCUGAUCGGGAUUCCAUUCCCAGACCACAGCAGUGAGCUCCUGAGCUGCCUCAAUGAGCAGCGCCAGCUGGGCCACCUCUGUGACCUCACCAUCCGGACGCAGGGCCUGGAGUACCGCACCCACCGGGCUGUGCUGGCUGCCUGCAGCCACUACUUCAAGAAGCUCUUCACCGAGGGUGGUGGUGGUGCGCUCUCGGGUGCUGGGGGCGGUGGGACAGCUGCUGGGGGUGCAGGGGCCGGCGUGUGCGAGUUGGACUUCGUGGGGCCGGAGGCACUGGGUGCCCUGCUCGAGUUUGCCUACACAGCCACCCUGACCACCAGCAGCGCCAACAUGCCAGCCGUACUGCAGGCCGCAAGGCUGCUGGAGAUCCCCUGUGUCAUCGCGGCCUGCAUGGAGAUCCUGCAGGGCAGCGGACUAGAGGCGCCCAGCCCGGACGAGGACGACUGUGAGCGCGCGCGGCAGUACCUGGAAGCCUUCGCCUGUACAGCCAGUGCUUCAGCUUCAGGAGUCCCCAACGGUGACGACAGCCCUCCACAGGCACCCCUCCCACCGCCGCCACCACCACCGCCUCCUCGGCCUGUUGCCCGCCGCAGCCGCAAGCCCCGCAAAGCUUUCCUGCAGACCAAGGGGGCCCGGGCCAACCACCUGGUGCCUGAGGUGCCCACAGUGCCCACCCAUCCCUUCACCUACGAGGAGGAGGAGGAGGCGAGCAGAGUGGGCAGCGGGCUGGGAGACAGCUACAGCCCUCCCACAGGGGCUGCCUCACCCCCCGAGGGGCCCCUGAGCUACGAGGCCUGCGAGGGUGAGGAAGAAGAGGAGGAGCUGGUGUACCCCCCUCCCUACGGGCUGGCACAGGGCGGUGGGCCCCCGCUGUCCCCAGAGGAGCUGGGCUCAGACGAGGAUGCCAUCGAUCCCGACCUGAUGGCCUACCUCAGCUCCCUGCACCAGGACACCCUGCCUCCAGGCCUGGACAGCCAGGACAAGCUAGUGCGCAAACGCCGCUCCCAGAUGCCCCAGGAGUGCCCAGUCUGCCACAAGAUCAUCCACGGGGCGGGCAAACUGCCACGCCACAUGAGGACCCAUACGGGUGAGAAGCCCUUCGCCUGUGAAGUCUGCGGUGUCCGAUUCACCCGGAACGACAAGCUGAAGAUCCACAUGCGGAAGCACACCGGAGAGCGCCCCUACUCGUGCUCACACUGCCCAGCCCGCUUCCUGCACAGCUACGACCUCAAGAACCACAUGCACCUGCACACAGGGGACCGGCCCUACGAGUGCCACCUGUGCCACAAGGCUUUCGCCAAGGAGGACCACCUGCAGCGCCACCUCAAGGGCCAGAACUGCCUGGAGGUGCGCACCCGGCGGCGCCGCAAGGACGAUGCGCCCCCUCACUACCCCCCGCCCUCCGCCGCCGCCUCGUCCCCUGCUGGCCUCGACCUCUCCAACGGUCACUUGGACACCUUCCGCCUGUCUCUGGCUCGAUUCUGGGAGACGUCCGCCCCUACCGGGCCCCCAGACUCCACCCCAGGGCCCCCUGAUGACGAGGAGGAGGAGGGGGCACCCGCCACACCUCAGGCUGAAGGUGCCAUGGACACCUCUUAAAGAGGGGCGAGUGGCCGAGCUGGAGCAGCACGGGGACCGGGGAGGCCCAUGCCAAGCAGUGGGAGUGUACACAGCAGAGACGGCGCUGGGGGUCAGGCCCUGAGUCUCCCUGGCAUCGGAAAUAGGCUCCUUCCCUCAGAGCCCUCAUUCCAGUUCCAAGCCGAGAAGGUUUUGGGGCAGAGUCUCCCCAGAUUGGGGUGCUCUCCCACGGAGUGAUACAUAUGAUAUUAUGUAUAUAUUUACAGCUCCAUUGUAAAGGUGGGGUCCCUGUCCCCAGCUGCUCCUGGGGAGUAGAAGCAAUAAUGUAUUUCUGAUUUGUGGGGUCCCUCUUCGGCUAUGCGGGUUUCUAGGGGGUGGGGGGCUUGGGACCAAAGCCUUGCCCCACCCCCAUGCCCCUUGGGGUUUUGGCUGUGUUAGGGGGUGAAGGACUACCCCUCCCUUUCGAGACCCCUCCUUCCUGGUUUCUGUUCCCUUUUCCUGGCAGUGAAUUACGCAGAGGGGGGCGGCAAAGGAUGGGUAGGUGGGGGAAAGCAAGGUAAAAGCUUGGAAGACGGGGACUGGGCCUGUAAGGAAGGAGCCAUCCCAGUCCCCCUCCGCCCUUCUCCCAGCGCUGAGUCAUGGGGUCCUGGAGAAGGGGGCGGGGUGGCCUGAUUGGCUCGCCCGCCCCUGGGGGCAGCGGGAGGGCCCCGCCCAGCCAGGGGAGCCGCUGCCGGUUCUCCUCCCCGGCCCUCCCCUCCCGCGUCCCCGGGCAGGGAAUGUCUUGUUCCCGCCGCUCCCUCCCCGGGGCCAGAGGGCAGGGCGGGCCGGGCGGUGUCCUACCCUCUUCUCCUCCUCCCCACCUCCUCCCCGCCCAGGUGCGAGCCGCCGCCACCACCACUGCUGCCGCCCCUGACUCACGCCGCCCCCGGGCUGGCGCGGUGCUGGGUGUGGGACCGGGUGAGGGGCUGGCGGGGAGCCUGGCGGAGAACGGGCUGGCCGGCGCCAUCUGGCGGCUGUGCCCUGCGCGUGCGAGCGCCCCUGGCGGCCACUGCCAGGGAGCCGCCUUCUCCACCUCCACCACCCCAGCGGGUGAGCUGCGCCCCCUUGCCAAGGCCGGGGCGCGGAACUGCCCCCCGCGCCCCCAGGGAAAGUGGGCUGCGGCCCUGUGGGAAAGGAGUCCUACCCUUAGACCCUUGCCUGCCAGGGCUCCCUGUUGGGGUGGGGAGAGUAAUUCCCUCACUCUUCCCUUAGGAUUGAAUCCACCCCCCGUUCUGUACAUAGCCUUUUCUGUUGGUCUUGUUGAAAUCUAGUUUCAGAUUUUUAACUACCCAAUUCUGCUGGGGGUGGGGGUAUCUCCCCUGCCUCCUCGCUGGGUGCUGGACCCCGCUCGGGCCUGGGCUCUGCCUUGCACUAUUUCCCCUCCCUGGCCUGGCGGCCCCCCCCUCCUUAAAAGGGGCAGGUUCAGGGGCCCGGUGCUCUCCCUCCCUCCCAUGCACCCCCAUGCCCAUUUGCACAGCUGCCCAGGUACCCCCAAUAGUGGGGGGGGUCACAGGGAGGGGGUAGCGGGACCAGUCCUUGUCUCUAUUUAAAAAGUGAUGAUGUAAUAUAUUGGGGUAGAGGGAGGCCAGGUUGCUCUGGGCCUCCUCUUUGCAUUUCAGGUGAUGGGGGGCCCAGCCCCGGGGAGUGAGGACAGUGUGGCCUCCCCCCCCCUUGCGGCUUCUCCACUCAGUGCCUUAAGGGGGGAGGCGGUCCCCCCUCUCCUGUGCCCUCCCCUUCCCUUGCCCCCCACCUCGGGUGUAAGCGACAGGAAGAAAUAAUAAUAAUUUAAGAUUCA